GAGGCCAAGGCGUCGUGAAAUGAAAAUGAAGACCUAAGGAAACUUGCAGAGAAUGAAAUAGCUUCCUGUCAAAAAGAAAUCGCUCAAUUGAAGCAUCAGAUUAUCUUACUUCUGGUUCCCUCAGAAGAAACAGAUGAAAAUGAUUUGAUCCUGGAGGUAACUGCAGGAGUUGGGGGUCAGGAGGCAAUGUUGUUUACUUCAGAGAUGUUUGAUAUGUAUCAGCAAUAUGCUGCUUUUAAAAGAUGGCAUUUUGAAACCCUGGAAUAUUUUCCAAGUGAAAUAGGUGGGCUUCGACAUGCAUCUGCCAGCAUUGGGGGUUCCGAGGCCUAUAAGCACAUGAAGUUCGAAGGAGGUGUGCACAGAGUACAGAGAGUGCCAAAGACGGAGAAGCAAGGCCGCAUUCACACCAGCACCAUGACUGUGGCAAUCUUACCCCUACCCACUGAGAUUAAUCUAGUGAUUAAUCCUAAAGACUUGAGAAUUGAUACUAAGCGAGCCAGUGGAGCUGGGGGGCAGCAUGUAAAUACCACCGACAGUGCUGUCCGGAUAGUUCAUCUUCCAACGGGUGUUGUUUCUGAAUGCCAACAAGAGAGAUCGCAACUGAAAAAUAAAGAGAUGGCUAUGAAAAAGUUACGUGCAAAACUAUACAGCAUGCAGCUUGAAGAAGAAACAAGUAAAAGAUACAAUGCUAGAAAGAUUCAGAUUGGAAGUAAAGGAAGGUCAGAGAAAAUAAGGACAUACAAUUUUCCACAGAAUCGUGUCACAGAUCACAGAAUAAACACGUCACUUCAUGAUCUUGAAACGUUUAUGCAAGGAGAGUACCUACUGGAUGAACUUGUACAGUCAUUGAAAGACUAUGCGGAUUAUGAAUCGUUAGUAGAAAUUAUUUCCAAAAAACUUUAAAUUGAUUUGUUAUUAAAGACUUUUACAACUAAUGAAAAAUUCUACUACAGCAAAUCAGAUUGUGUGUAAAUAAUCACCAAUAUUGUCUUGAAAAACAUGAGUUAACAGAAGCAAUAUGCAUAUUUUUAAGAGUUUAUGUAAAUAAAUCUUCUCUCAAAAUGUAUUAGUAAAAAUACACAUACAAUAUAA